GCAAUUUAUUCUCUUAUCUCUACUUUUUUCUGAUAAGGCAUGUUUAUUUUUACGGUUCCGAUUGUCGUUAUAUUACUAUAAGGUUACUUUGUGACCUUUCGCGAGUAAAUUUACUGAAAUUUAACGGAUAAAGUGUUUAAAAACGUACAAAAUCCAAGUCACGAUACUUUUUUACGAAAUCCAAGUUAUGAAAAACAACAACAAUAAAGUAGUGUGUCUCGUCUUCGUGCAUUUCUUUCGUCUAUUAGAUUUUCGCCUUUGAAAAUAUUUGAAAAAAUAAGACUUUAGCAGCGACAACGGAUAAUUUUCUACCAAAUUCACACUUUGAAGCACAGCGUCAUCGUUCGAGAUCAAUAACAAAGCAACAGAAAUGUGAUGAACGCUAAUUGAAUUAAAAGUUGUUUUUUUUACAUAAUAUUGGAAUUUGUUCGUCAUUUUUGGAUGUUGUAUAGGCGAAAUCUAUUGUUGCUCGUUUUAAAUGAUGGAUAGUGUCGAGAUGAAUAGAAAGUGCGAAAAUUAAGAGACAGAAAGCUGUUGUUGGUGCAUUCAUUUGGAAGUAAGCGGAAAAAAAUCAAUAUAGCUGUCGUCGUCGUCGUUUGAAUACGUUGUCGAAAACGGAGGUUGUGACACAGUCUGCGUGUGAUAUCUGUAGAUAAGGAAUUUGAUUGAAUCUCAAGUAACAAAGAGAAUAUUUAUCGCCAAAACGCAUUGUUGCUAUUUGAGUUGAUGACGAAAGCCAUAAUAACAAUAGCAACUACUACCUACGAAGGAAAUUACAUGGUUGUUACAAAUAUGAACUGUGAACAUACAUCUUGUUAAUGAUAUUAAAAAAACUAUGGUUGUACUUGACUUUUCCUAUAGAACAAAGGCAGUUGAUAAUCGCAAGAAGCGUACACGUUGCCCGUGUUUUUGCAUUUGACGCGCAACAAAAACCUGUUUUACCGAAAUCAGAUGCGAAAGUCAUCUUCGUUACCAAGAACACAGAUAGAAGAUUAAUGAGAGUUAGAAUGCUACAACACACUGACGCAUCAAGAACACACGAAAUCGAUAUAAAUAGCACAAAAACGAUGACAAUCAAGGAUUUUAAGAGUUUUACGGAGCUACAAGACAUUUGCAAACGAUGUGAGGAGUUUUACAAAGAAAAAUCGAGUCCCACGGAAAAUGAGGCACGUUUACUUGCGGCUUUUCAACACACACAUGCCUUAAUUGAAGACGUUUUGCCAUUGUAUCGUGAAAUCGAAGGUUUUGCACACGAAUACGAUUACGAUGCUGACCAUCCGGGAAACGGAUUUCGAAGUUUCUUGUAUGUCGUCGAUCGAUGGGCAGAUCAUGCUUCAAAAGUCAUCUUAUAUAUCGAUGCGAAUAAAUCUUCCAUCGGAUUUCCCAUCAAAAGAUAUCAAUAUCUGAAAGAACUUGAAGCGUGCAAUGAUGUUCUUGUAAAUUUGUCAAAUUGCUUACGACAUCUCAUAACACUUCGUGGAUGGACUGAUGCGGGAGAUUUGUUUCCAAAUUCGAAACAUACGGCUAAAGAACUUCUCAUGAAAGCACAUCAAAUUGAUCAGGAUCCCUUUUAUGGGCGUUGUUUAGGAUUUCAAUAUUGCAAAUCAAUCAAGCCAAUUCUUCAUUUCAUCUCGACAUCGAUGGCGGGAUUCUCAAAAGCUUUCUACUACGAUGGAAACAUCAUUUCAAAGACAACAGUUUCCUUUUUCAACAGCGGGAAAUACUACUUUGACUCAGAAGCUCGUGCUCGUCGAAUUGUACUCCUGUCACAGAAUGCGGGGAUAGAUUUUUGCAAAUCUUUUUGGUUUCUUGCGGAAAAUCGUUUUAUGUAUACAUUGCCCGUAAUUGCCGGAACACGUGUCAAAAUCAAUCGAGUGUUUCAAAUCCCUCCUGAACCAUUAACAGUAGCAAGCGCCAAAGGAAAAGGAGAGUUGAUUGACAUUCCUGUGCCUUCAAGUCAUAUUGGGCCUGGACCUGUAAAAGCUCGUUUAAUCAGUUACGUCGAAAGAGUCGGCAUGAUAGGAGAACAGGGAAAUUCAAUCAAAAAUAAGUUUACAUCUCCUUCGCCGCCGAGUGAUACAAUUAUUUUGCACUGCCAUGGAGGCGGAUUUAUCGCAUGCAGUUCACAAUCUCACGAAGUUUAUUUACGAGAAUGGACAAAAGAAUUAAAUGUGCCAAUUAUCUCAAUUGACUAUAGCUUAGCGCCAAGAGCUCCGUUUCCUCGAGCUUUGGAAGAAAUCUUUUACGCUUAUUGUUGGGUUUUGAGAAAUGCUUCGUUAUUGGGAACAACAGCUCAGAAAAUCAUCCUUGCGGGAGAUUCAGCAGGAGCAAAUUUGAAUUUGGGAAUUGCUCUGAAAUGCAUUCAGAUGGGAAUUCGCAAACCAGAUGGCAUUUUUAUGGCUUAUUGCCCAACAGUUGUAGAUUUUGUUCCAUCGCCUGCUCGAUUGUUGUGUUUAAUGGAUCCUUUGUUGCCCUUUGGAUUUAUGAUGCAAUGUUUGAAAGCAUAUUCGUCACCCAGUUUAAAGAUCAUUCAUGAAAACAAGAAAAAAGUCGAACAUGCCAACAACAUCAAAUAUGCAGGACGCGAAGCUCUUACAAACAACAAUGAUACACGCGACGUUCAACUUAAUGGCGACGAAGACGACGAAUUCGUUCAAGAGAUCAAACGAAAAUUUGCUACAACAGAUAUUGUUGUUCACGAACAUGAGGAAGCUUUGAAAUUCAAUGAAACAGAAGAAAAUGUCGUUGUCGAAGAAGGAAAAGAAAUGUGCGAAGAAACUUUAAACUUACGUCGUAAACUUGGGCAAAUUCGAACGUCAAUAACCUCGAAAAUGAAUCAAAUUACGCAUCAUAACAACAAAACUCCCACAAAAUCACGCCCGAAAAAGAUUCUUCAAGAUUUGGAUUCGUUCAUGGAAAAAUCCGCAAGCGAAGAAUUCUCAUUUGAAGUGCCCAACGACCCGAAUUUAUCGCCGUAUCAUGCGAGUGAUGUCGAACUUGCCGAAAUGCCGCCAAUCUGUGUUGUCAGCACAAAUUUGGAUCCUUGCCUUGACGAUUGCAUUAUGUAUGCGAAGCGAUUAAAAGCUGUCAACAAUGAUAUUACACUUGAUGUUCUCUCGGGACUUCCGCAUGGUUUCCUUAAUUUUACGCUGCUUUCGAAGGAAGCACACGAAGGCAAUAAAAUUUGCAUCAAGAGAAUCAAAGAAUUAAUUGAUAAAAAAUAAUAAGUUCCUUGCGACUCUCUCAUUUGUAGGAGAAAACACUCUUUUAUGAAUAAAACAAACAAUUUAAAGCUCUAUUUUUGACUCGAUAGGUAGCUAAUUUUUUCACUAUUUAUAACAAACACAGACAGAUAGAACAAGUCUUAUGCUUAAGGUGCUUAAAUUUGAUAUUAAAAUAUUAUAAUGAAUUAAUCUUAAAAAGACAUUUUUGUUUUUUGUUAUUAUCAGGUUCUUUUAAAUGGUUAAUAAAAUA